GAGAGCGACAGAGAGACUGAGAGCGCUCGCGUCACAUUGUGUGGGUGCGCGCUUGUGUCUGUGACUGUGUGUGGGUGAGAAGCAUAUAUGUAUGUUAGGUGGUGGGGGCGGUGGGCAAACAAAAAUCGAUUGCAACAGCAAAUCGACUAAAGGAAGCGCCGUAUAAUAAGGCACGAAUCCGCGAAGAGAACGUGAACAACGCACUCGGCAGAGGCAGAAAGCUAAAGCUAAAGCAGAGAGUAAGAGAGAGAGAGAGGAAGAAGCAGUGGCACUUGAAUUGACUUUGGGCUCAUCCUACCCACCAGCCCCCCGCGUAUCCGUAAAAUGAUUACAGGCUAACGCCAAAAAGAGGAAGCAGCUGAAGGCAAACGAAGAAGAACAAGAAGAAAAAACAGCAGCAACAGCACAGCCAGCGACAGCAGAGGCAGAGCAGCAGGGCCAGUAGCAGUAGCAGCAGCCGCAGCAGCAGCAGCAAAACAUAGCUAAGCAAAAGGGAGCUAAAUAUUUUUUUUAUUUAUAACAAAUUUAAAAGCUGGCCAAAAAGUAAAUAACCAAUUGAAAUAUUAAUUGAGAAAGAAAAUUGUGCAGUUGCCUUGUCCCCCCGGAGUAUCGGAAAGUAUCUGUGUGUCUUCGUGUAAGUGUACGUGUGUAUGUAUGUGCGUGUGCGUGUGGGUGAGAGUGUGUUGAACGUUAUUGCUGCGCUUUUUUUCUGCAAGCGAAAAUUGUGAUAUCGAAGAGACACACGCAGCGAAAAGCGCAAACGUUGCAAAGAGACAGAAAGUGGCGCCCCCGCUGGACAGGCGACAAAAGCGGCGAGCAAUGCAAAAUGGAGCUGGAUAAAUGACACAACGCAAUUGAAAUAACACUCAAGUGAGCAACGAAAAUAGCAGGGAGUGAGAGUGAGAGCAAGAGGGAGAACGAAAGCUGCAACUUUUGCCUGUCGUACAUACACAUGUACAUAUAUACACAUACAUACAAACCGUAAACGCACGCACACACACACCUACGCUUACACUAACACGGACACAGAGGAGAAGGAGAAGAAGAAGACGGAGGCGAAGGCGAAGGAGGUAAGGGAGAAGGCGGACAGCGAAUCGUUAACGCACACAUCAGAAGGAUAAAUAUAUAUAUAUAUAUUAUAUGUAUGUACACAUAAGUAUAUAUGUAUAUAUAAAAGGGAUAAAACGGGACUGCGUUGAUUCAAAAUAGCAACGCGAACUGCCGGCUUGGCAGCGGACGCAUUUAUAAAUAGCUCGCUGAGCAGAAGAAGCAGCACAGUCCAGCGGUGGGUGUACAAUGGUAACAAUGAACUCGGAAGCGGACAAAACACAGAGCAGCACGCAAGCAACCAACGCGCUCGCUAUGAGCAGCGCGCCCAAGUCGCCAGCAACAAAAGCAGCCACAACAACAACAGAAGUGGCAGCUGCAACUGCAACGGCAGCAGCAACGGACAACAGUACAGUGUCAACGUCAGAGGCAGCAACAGCAACAGCAGCAAUAACAACAACAACAACGGCAAUAGCAACUGCAACGUCCACGUCAACGCCGACAGUGACAGCAACUGCGAAUGGCAACAACAAUGGGCCUGCAACAACAACUGCAAUCGAAGCUGAAGCUAAAACUAAAACUGAGCCUGAACCGCUGGACAAUGUCAAUGCCAAUGGUAACAGCAACAGCAAUAUCCAGAUGACUAACAGCAGCACCACAGCAGCCAGCAACAGCAGUAGCAUCAAUACAAACACCACAACUAACACCACCACCACAACUAACACCACCACUAUCAACGUUACCACCGCCAGUCCGACGACAACAGGCAGCGCUGCCGCAGCGAACACUGCAGUCACUGCAGUCACCACUGGCAACAGCAACUGCACAACAACAAUUGCUGCUGCUGCCACGCCGCAAUUCGGCAGAAGCGUUAGUGUGAGGGAUGCAACAGCGCCAAGUGGCAGUGGUGCAACACCAAGCGCCGCCAAAUCAAGUGCCCUGCUCAGCGUGGGCAGCAAUCAUCAUCAUCAUCAUCAUCAUCAUUCCACCACGCAGUCUCAAACGCAGUCGACGUCACACUCACAGUCGACGUCACAUUCGCAGUCGACGUCACAGUCGCCGUCGCAGUCACAACAACAACCGCCAGCGCCAGCGCAGUCGUCGUCACAGCAGACGCAUCAUCAGCAGCGCGGCAGCAAAAACGAGGAUGCACCCAAUAUACUUGUCUACAAAAAGAUGGAGGCGAUCAUUGAGAAGAUGCAGGCGGAAUCGAGUGGCGUCGCUGUACGGACGGUGAAGGCGUUUAUGAGCAAGGUGCCAUCGGUGUUUACGGGUGCUGAUUUGGUGGCAUGGAUAUUGAAGAACUUUGAUGUGGAGGAUGUCACUGAGGCGCUUCACUUUGCCCAUCUGUUGAGCUCCCACGGAUACAUCUUUCCCAUCGAUGAUCAUGCGCUGACCGUGAAGAACGAUGGCACCUUUUACAGAUUUCAGACACCAUAUUUCUGGCCAUCGAAUUGUUGGGAGCCUGAGAAUACGGAUUAUGCUGUAUAUCUCUGCAAACGCACUAUGCAGAACAAGACGCGACUGGAACUGGCCGAUUACGAGGCCGAGAACCUGGCCAAGCUGCAGAAGAUGUUCUCCCGCAAAUGGGAGUUUAUAUUCAUGCAGGCCGAGUCACAGAGCAAGGUGGCGAAGAAGCGGGACAAAUUGGAGCGCAAGGUGCUGGAUUCGCAGGAGCGCGCCUUUUGGGAUGUGCACCGACCGAUGCCAGGAUGCGUCAAUACCACCGAGAUAGAUAUCAAGAAGGCGUAUCGACGCGGCGGCUCCAGUCAUGGCACCGGCUCCGCUGGCGCCUCCGUGGCCAAGAAUCCCGUCGAGCAGCUGACCCGCAUCAUUGCGUUGCGCAAACAAAAGCUCGAGCGGCGCACAAUCAAAGUGUCCAAGGCGGCCGAAGCUUUGGUCGCCUACUACGAUCAGUACAAUGAGUUUGAUUACUUUAUAACCUCACCGGAGCUGCCCAAUCCUUGGCAAACGGAAAGCACCGAGAUGUGGGAUACCGAAAAGAAUAGCAAAGAAGUUCCUGUGCGUCGCGUCAAGCGUUGGGCCUUCAGUCUUCGCGAGCUGCUCAACGAUGCAAUUGGACGCGAUCAGUUCACCAAGUUUCUGGAGAAGGAAUACAGCGGCGAGAAUCUCAAAUUCUGGGAAUCGGUGCAGGAGAUGAAGGCGCUGCCCCAGUCCGAAAUCAAGGAGGCCAUACAGAAGAUCUGGCAAGAGUUCCUUGCACCCGAUGCACCCUGUCCAGUGAAUGUGGAUUCGAAAUCCGUGGAACUGGCGCGCGAGGCAGUCAACUCGCCAAGUGGCCCGAAUCGUUGGUGCUUCGAUGUGGCUGCCUCGCAUGUGUAUCAUCUGAUGAAGAGCGACUCAUAUUCGCGAUAUCUUCGCUCCGAUAUGUACAAGGAUUAUCUCAACUGUUCGCGAAAGAAGAUCAAGUCCAUACCCAAUCUCUUUGGGGUGAAACGUUGAGAUACGCUUCGCCAAUUGCCGAUCGUCGCGCUCGGCUUUGGCUCCGGCUCCGGUUGAGUCGGAUUUUUAAGGAAGAUCAGAAUAAUCAGGAAGAUCAGGCAGAUGAGAAUUGUGUGUGUCGUAGCUCCUAAUCCAAAUAUUGGGAGUCGUUCUUCGAUGUGUUUAACGUUGUUAACUUAUUAUUAUAUACAUACAUACUUAACUUGCCUCUUGCCACUAGGUCGCGUGUGUUCUUAACGUCAUUUUGUUAACCGCUUAUCGAUUAUCGAUUACCGUUAACCUUAUGUGCCCAGCGUAACAAAGCGCACAAUAUCCUGUCCUAUCCUUUCAAUCUUCCCUUUUCCCUUCCCCACAAUCCAAGCUCUUUGCUGUCGAUCCGUUUUCAUUGCCCGUUAACUCAAUUCAAAUGUAACGAAUACACCACUGAAAAACUAUAGAGAUAUAUAUAUAUAUAUAGUAUAUACAUACAUACAUAUAUAAACCAAAAAGAAUUCUAAGAAAAUGAAAAACAACUGCCAAGUGCUCCUCAAUGAGGAUAUAAAGAAAGCAAUUGUAAAAGCAGAAACAGCAACAGAAACGAAAACGAAAAUGGAGGAGAAAGCGAAAGAAAUAAGGAAAUGCGAAUGCGAUUACGAAAAUGGAAGCUAAGGAUGUGAUGACAUGUGAAAGGAUGCAGCCGAUGAAAAGAUGAAUCGAUAAACAUAGUUACAAAGCUAAAAGCCAUACCAACAGCAACUGCAACUGCAACCGAAAACACCAAAGAACAAAACAACAAAAUAACGUAUAAUCACUUAGGUACAAGUAAUUAGCAUAAAGUUAAUGAUUAACAAAAUUAACCACAACUGUCAAAGCAAGCGCAACUUAGCAAUUAACUAACAAGUACUUACAUACUAUAUACAUAUAAUUCUAUUAGCAUGUUACAAAACUGCAAUCAAAACAAUCGAACAAUCGAAUUAGUCAAAUCGAAAGCUGACGUUCAUUUAAUCAUCAAUUAAUCAGACGAUAUUCGUUACUCUUUACUCGCUACUCGCCAUUUACUGAAUACUCGCUCUCUCUUGUUUAGAAUUCAUUUACACUUUUCCACACAUUUCCACCACACACACACAUACACUCACAUAUCGCUAAACGCAACAUACAAAUUUCAAAACUCUUAAAUGUAAUAUGAAAUAUUUUCUAAUUUUGUUGUGUCUAUAUGUAUAACUUAGUAUAUAUAAAUAUAAAUUUCGAGAAGUGUGACGAUCAGUUGCUGAUAAGUUGUUGAGAACAGAAUGUAGCAUUCAGGAAGAGAAAGAGAGAGUUAGAGAGGGAGACGGAGAAAAAGGUUAAGCAAACUGUUGACAAUAGAGGACAGGGAAAUGUUGGAAUGCAAAAAUUACAAAUUUUUAGGAAAAUAUUCAAAAAGUGAGCUUUACAAUGACGUUAGGCAGUUGA